AGGGAUGAUGCUGAGCUAGGAUGUUUGUUUUAAAGAUUCUGUGAAGAUGAAAAGGGAUAUCUUACGGUUUUACGGAAUAUAAAGCAACAUUGUCUGACAUGACGGCAAAAAAUGUUGGUGUGACUUCCACAAAUGGAGACCUGAAAGGAUUUAUAGAUCAGAACCAGAGUCCAACAAAAGGUAAUAUUUCAGUAAUCACAUUGCCAGUUUCCAGCACCAACUCCCCAACUAAGAUUUUGCCAAAAACCUUAGGACCAAUCAAUGUGAAUGUUGGACCCCAAAUGAUCAUAAGCACAUCACAAAGAUUGACCAAUUCAGGGAGUGUUCUGAUUGGGAGUGCAUAUAACCCAGCUCCAACAAUGGUCACACAGACACACAUAACAGAAGCUUCUGGCUGGGUCCCAGGGGACAGAAAACGGACUCGAGAAUUUAUCGAAUCAGAUUUUUCAGAAAGUAAGCGAAGCAAAAAAGGAGAUAAAAAUGGGAAAGGUCUGAGGCAUUUUUCAAUGAAAGUAUGUGAAAAAGUUCAACGUAAAGGAACUACUUCAUACAACGAAGUUGCUGAUGAGCUGGUAUCAGAAUUCACAAAUUCUAACAGCCACCUAGCUACAGAUUCGCAGGCUUAUGAUCAGAAAAAUAUUAGACGGAGAGUUUAUGAUGCCCUUAAUGUCCUGAUGGCAAUGAACAUAAUUUCAAAGGAGAAGAAGGAAAUCAGAUGGAUCGGUCUUCCUACAAAUUCAGCUCAGGAAUGUCAGAAUCUAGAGAUAGAAAAACAGAAGCGAAUUGAAAGGAUAAAACAGAAGCGAGCCCAACUACAAGAAUUGCUGCUGCAGCAAAUAGCUUUCAAAAACUUGGUACAAAGAAAUCAGCAAAACGAACAACAAAAUCAAGGCCCUCCAGCUUUGAACUCAACUAUACAGCUGCCUUUCCUAAUAGUCAACACUAGCAAAAGAACAGUUAUAGACUGCAGCAUAUCAAGUGAUAAAUUCGAAUACCUCUUUAAUUUCGAUAACACCUUUGAGAUUCAUGAUGACAGUGAGGUGCUGAAGAGAAUGGGAAUGUCCUUUGGGCUUGAGGCAGGCAAAUGCUCAGCUGAGGACCUAAGAACUGCAAAAUCACUGGUGCCAAAAGCUUUAGAAGGCUACAUCACAGAUAUGUCUGCAGGAUUUUCGUGGAUAAACCAAGGGUUACUUUCAAGUUCAGCACAAGCAGUUUCACAUUUAGAGGUAGCAGGAGGCGCUUCUGAUGCUAAAUCAAGUGAGAAUCCAGGGUUGUGUUUGGAUGCUGAAGUGGCUUUAGCAACUGGGCAGUUUCUUGCCCCUAGCAGUCAGCAGUCCAGCAGUGCAGCAUCACGCUACUCCGAAUCACGGGGAGAAACUCCAUGCUCAUUCAAUGAUGAAGAUGAAGAGGAUGAAGAUGACGAUUCUUCCUCCCCAGAAUAAGGACAGUAGAAAAUGGAAUAUACAAAGUGCUGCUCAUAAAUAUUCUUAAUUGGGAGCUCCUGUUCAGAUUUUACUUUUCUUGCCUUGGUUUACACUGUGUUCAGUGAAGCAAAAUGGAAGCUUCAAAACAAAUUCAUCCACAGCUGAAAACUUUUUGUAACUGAACAUGGAGUGACAUGCCGACACAGAGUGAAGUGGUUUUUAUCAACUAUAACCAAGGAAAAGAACAAAGUCCCUGGAGAUUUAGCAAAGUAAACAUCGAGUUCAUAUUUUCCAUUUUGGGACGUUCUGUCUCAAGUCUCUGUCUUCGCCUUAUCUUUACCAGAUGGAGAAGAAAACAGAGUCAGUCAACAAAUGCCAAUUCUUGCAUUGUCUUUUGGCUGAGCUACCUUUAGAAAAUGGGGGAGAGAGAGCACGCACAAAUGUGCUAAAACAGCUAUUUAAAACUAUCUUCUAUGAAAAUUGUUCUAGGGAAAAGGGACUGUUAGAAUGUUUGCUUUUUUCUGUUCAACUUGCUGUAUAGAAGAUUCUUAAAGUAAUAUAAAUUACAAGUGAUUAAAUGAAUCUUGAAAUAGUUUAAAUUCAUUUUAGAUACUCUAAAAGUAACAAUAGUAUGUCUCCUUUGAAAGGUUCAUAUGUUCAUUUAUACUGCAGACCUAAUUUAUUAUAAAUAAGUGAUUAUUCUUAGCCAUUAUUAAACAGUCAGGAUAAAAACAGCAGUAUUCUCUGCACCAGCUUUUUUUCAAGGAAAAAAAGUUUUUAAAUUGUAUUUCUAGAUUAUAGUGUAUCCAGGAUAGCUUCUCCUUUACUGUUCUAACUUUAUAAUCCCUUUGAUUUUAUAGCAGGUGUUGGUUGUUUUUCAAAAAGGCCUCUAAGUUAAAGAUCUCAGGCAGAAUGUUUUCAAGACAGUAUUUUCAAAUUCAGGGUGGGCAGGUCACAUAAUGUUUAAAAUCAUAGGCUGAGGUUCUUAGGAAAAAAAGUACAUUUCAACAAUACAUUAUUUCAUGUUCUGCAUUCUAGUCAGCUUGGAUUAUGAUAGACUUUCUUAGAAUGAAUUUCUGUUGCACUUACCUUGAUGCGCCUUUGAAGAAGAGUAGUAUUGAGCCACUUCUUAAAUAACUUGUGGCUAAAAUAACACAAUGUGACUCCUAUUUGAACUGUUAAAUUAGACUUGCAACAGGAGGUUCUGUGUGCUAUAGUUAACAUCACAUCCAAUUAUAAAGACCUUUUUUUAAAAAACCUUGAACAACAGAGCAGAAUACACUGUAGAUACACUCUUCCUGUGAUGUUCUAACAUCCAGUGUUUUAACUAGUCUCAAAGUUAACUAUUUUUAAUUAGAUCAAUCCAAUUUAAAAUGGUGUCCUUUUUAGUUUUUAUACUGUAUGUAAAUAGUUAACUUGUUUCUUAGUACCAGUGUAUUUAGCUGUCAGAGCUCAACCAUGCUGGCUCUGUUAGUUAUGAGAUUGGGCAGCUUGUCAAACCGUUACUUGCUUGAGCAGUGGCAGCAAACUGCAUCCCUUGACUGCUGUGGCCAUUGCUCUGGCACUGUGUCGGGUAUGUCCACAAGGUCUUUUAAGACAAACCUGCACUUAAGCCAGCAAGAUCCAAAAGCACUAAACCUGAGCUAGUGAGAUAAACUGAGGCUCCAGCUAAACAGCUGCCUGGCUGUUGUGCAGGAGUUAGCACGUGACUAGCUACAUACAGGACAGGUCAGACUGCAAGGAGCAUAUAAGCACACCUGCAUGCUUGUAAUUAAAAAUUUAAAAACUUUUCAGAAACAGUUGGAACUCCUGCAUUUGAGGUACAGUUAGGGCAGCACCACUGUUUAAAGCAUAGCUCUUGACUGAGCAAGUAGAGCUAUCAAACAAAUGAGUUGCAAGUGCACAAAUGAAAAGAAUUCUUACGUGUCUCCCAUGUUAUUCACCCUCUGGGCAAGACUGUUAACACUGUCCUGUGCUCAUAGUUCACAGGCAACAGCAAGGCUGAGGGAUUUACACCACCUCGCUUCAACCAAAUCAGUAACACUACCUCUACAGGAAGAAAAGCUUUACAAAUACAGAAUAAUACUCUUGCUGAGACAGUCAAUGCACUUGACUGAAGUGGCUCACUUUUGAAACAAGAGAAGGUAACAGACACACCAGGCAUAUCACUAUGGAAUUGUCAGCCUCAUGAAUGACACUUCAUUUAAAUAGCUAAUUGCUUUUAUUCUUAAAAAUCCAUUGUUUUUUCAAAAACUAUGCUGUCAGUUUUCGUUGGAGAGGUAUCUUAUCAAAGAUACCUGAUAUAUGCAGGAUCCUAAGGAACUCUUUAAGAGGGGAACAUUUUCUAAAGUUAUUAUCCCCCCCUCCCCGAUACAUUAGGGGCACAUUUAACUUUAAACUUUUUUCACAUUUCCCACUCAAGAUCUAUGUAAAAAAAAAUAAAACCAGCAAAACAGUAAACAACUGCUGAAGAGGAGUGCUUUGAACUAUAAGAAUCUGGCAAAAAAAGGCUUCCUGCCCAGAAAUGGAAUGUAUUUUAUUAGCAGUCAGUGUGCUUUCUGCUUUACAGGAGGCAGAUCUUCACUGAUACUUUCCUUCCAUUGAUGUCCAGGUCCUUCAAAGGAGGACUGCAGACUGCACAACUACUUGCUUUCUGGCAAAUUUCAAGCUACCAACUUAAAAAAAAAAAAAAAAUAGGAACACCUAACAUUUAUUUAGAUAGUUGAACAAAGACUUUAAUAGUUGUUUUUCCUGAACUAUUUGAA